ACUAACGUUACACUCGAGGCAACAACAGGAAGUACACACUCUGCACAGCAAUUACUUUUUGGAAAACUUUUACCAACGCAAAACCUACAAGAAAUACGUUUAAGGGUCCGUCCAUCAGGAGCGUGGAGUGAUGUAACGAGUCGGGAGACCCGGAGAUAACGUCACUCUCAUCGGUUCAGCUCAGCCUCUUCUGCUUUGUUUUGUUUACAUGGUGAAACAGAUGACAAAGCUAACGGUAGCCACAUAGCUCGCUAAAACCGAGUCAUAUGAGCCGGUAAUUACCCAGCAGCUUUGUCCCAACGUGAAUGAAACUUCACGUUAUUGAGAGAGCCACGGUUUCAUGUUGGGACUAGUUAGUAGUGGACGGCUGUUUGUGGUCGGUGGGGACAAUGCGAAGCUAACGUGAAAAUGUGUCGAGCGUCCGCGAACCUUUGAUAGACGAGAGAGAGAUUGUUUGUGUCACUGAGCCUGCGGCCGGUUUUAAAGGCCUUUACAACGUCUUCAUGUCAAGAUGCCUUGUUCCUGUGGGAACUGGAGAAGAUGGAUUAGGCCGCUGGUCGUCGUGCUGUAUAUAUUGUUGCUGUUAGUCGUCCUGCCCUUGUGCAUCUGGGAACUGCAGAAGUCAGGGGUUGGUACUCACAAUAAAGCAUGGUUCAUUGCGGGGAUAUUUGUCUUCAUGACCAUACCCAUAUCAUUAUGGGGAAUCCUCCAGCAUCUGGUUCACUACACUCAGCCAGAGCUUCAGAAACCUAUCAUCAGGAUUUUAUGGAUGGUCCCGAUCUACAGCUUGGACAGUUGGAUUGCAUUAAAAUACCCCGGUAUAGCAAUUUAUGUGGACACGUGCAGAGAGUGCUACGAAGCCUACGUCAUCUACAACUUCAUGACCUUCUUGCUUAACUACCUGGAAAAUCAGUACCCCAGCCUGGUGUUGAUGCUGGAAGUCCAAGAGCAGCAGAAACACCUGCCCCCUCUUUGCUGCUGCCCGCCCUGGCCAAUGGGAGAGGUUUUACUUUUGAGAUGCAAAUUGGGUGUGUUGCAGUACACCGUCGUAAGACCCGUCACAACAGUGAUUGCUUUGAUCUGUCAGCUGUGUGGAGUGUAUGAUGAAGGCAAUUUUAGUUCAAAAAAUGCAUGGACAUACCUGGUCAUCUUCAACAAUAUGUCACAGCUGUUUGCCAUGUACUGCCUGGUGCUGUUCUACAGGGCUCUGAGAGAGGAACUGAGUCCCAUCAAACCAGUGGGCAAAUUCCUAUGUGUAAAAAUGGUGGUCUUCGUCUCUUUCUGGCAAGCUGUGUUCAUUGCUUUACUGGUGAAAGUGGGCAUUAUCUCAGAGAAACAUACAUGGGACUGGAAAAGUGUGGAGGCUGUAGCUACUGGCUUACAGGAUUUUGUCAUCUGUGUGGAAAUGUUUCUGGCAGCCAUUGCCCAUCACUACAGCUUCACCUACAAGCCUUACAUCCAGGAGGCUGAGGAGGGUUCCUGCUUUGACUCUUUCAUGGCAAUGUGGGACAUCUCUGAUGUCAGAGCAGACAUUUCUGAACAAGUCCGCAAUGUUGGGAGAACAGUUAUGGGUCGUCCGAGGAAGUCUUAUUUCGGUGAGGCGGAGAAUGACGGUGAGCGAUCGGGCCUGCUCUCUUCAGGUUCCCAAGAUGCCAUCGCAGAGGUGGCAUCCAACCCCGUUUCACCCAGAGGUCAAUAUGAGGGCCUGGGCAGAACCCUCCCGCCGCACUCUCUGUCAGCCCCCGCUGGGUUCAGCUCAGCCCAUUGGGAUGAAGGAUAUGAGGCUAGACCUGAAGAAACCCAGGAAGAAGAAAGGACCAACCAAACCAAGGAACCAACAGAGGCAGAUCUCAUUGUGAUCACCUAGCCUAUCACCAAGGCUAAUGUCACUAAUGGACUCUACCAGACAUGGUUGGGCAGGACCUAAUUACAGCCUUGCCACGUUCCUUUAGACAUGACUUUGUGAAAGCAACAUUAAAUAAACUGUUGUUUGAAAGGGCACAUCAACAAAGUAAUAGUAGAAGUUUGCCAGCAAAUGCAGAACCAGGUGGACCUCUCUGCCAGUGACAGCUCCAAGAAUGUUCAGUGAAGAUACGGCACUAAGUGAUUCGUUGAUGAUCAUUUUAUGCAGCUUUUGUUGUCUCUAGGGAGUCAUAAUGGUUUUUAAUUCAUUGCAAUUGGGAGAAACCUUUGGUCAAUUUUAAUGUGUGUCCCAAAGAGCACAUUUCUCUUCAAAGAACCCAGUCUCUGUGCUGUUAUGUUUCUUGAGAUGAGAUACCACAAAAAGCCUCCUGAAGUCAGAGUGAAUCAUGUAUAUGUAUCCUUUAAUUUUUUUCUUUUUGUGUGUGUCAUAUCAGUCAUAUCAUGAUCUCAGAUGUGACAGAAGAGAAAUAUGCAAUUUUUAAAAUAACUUUUUUUUUUCUUCACUCACUAGGGAUUUUAAAACACAUCGAUUGAAACGAGUGAUCUUCUUAUCUAAAAUCUACUACACGAAAGCACAUUAGAUUUUAACAAAAUUUCCCUAUCCUGUAGAUGUAAAUCACCGGGUAGAAGAGGGGAUGAAAAGAGCAGAAGCAACACAUUUUGGGGAUGCACAGUUCAGAGUAGGUUAGAGCUUUACCUGCUGAAAGAUACGUCCUGAUCAACAGCGUGACAACAUAUUAAUACCAUGUAUUUCCUAAGGGUAUGAAUAAAUACUAUAAGUACAGUAUUAAAACACCAUACAUAAUUCAGUCUGAAACUGUACAAUCAGCACAUUCUAGUUCAUUUCUAUCUACGCUUUACUGCAUACAGGUCACUCUAGUGUUAAAUAGAAAUGACUGACUAAAUAGAAAUGUCACUAGUCAUCUCAGAUGCCUUUCUUUCAUCAUUUGCUAUUAUUCAUCUUAUUUGCGGAGAUGUUCUCUAUUGUUUUUAGCCUUUAAAUUGGAAGAACUUUGCAGCUACUUCACGUAAGCCAUUUACUCUUCCCAUAGAUUAUCCAAGGUCUUCUGUUGCGGUACGUCCAUGGAUCUGUGCAGGGAUAUUGACAUGUUUAAUGUACAGUGUAAGAUAUCAGUUUGUGUCAUAAAAUCAACAGCAUUAUCUGCAUCAUGUCCAGCUAGAGAAUGUUACAUUGCCUUACAGGAUUUUAUUUUUUUAAAUCAAACUGACAGGAUUACAUCAGAGCUGAUAUAAAUGUUCCACGUGUUAAUUUAAUUCCAUUUCUGACAGUCUCUUCAAUAAAUAAGAAUAGCUACAUUUUCAA